CCUUUCACCCCUACAUGAGUCAAGUCCUAUAUAAUAAACGUAUCUAUUGCUUGUGUACGCCAAAGCAUCGGAUGGCGUCGUCGUCAGCAUUACCUGCGCUAGCUCCAAGCUUUGUCGCCAAAAAAUCAGCAAUUUUACAUGAUCUGUCAACCCCAGCAUCGUCUUAUGAGGAUGCGUCGCCAAAAGGGUCUGUUGAUACUGCUAUCGUAGAACUGAUUGACGAAAUCAAUAAAUUGGAUGGGUUUGUUACAACUAGUAGCUGCGCUGGGAGGAUCAGUGUCUUUGUUGAAGGAAAGAAAAAGAGCGAGGACCGCCAAGUUGAUGAAGACCCCUCGAAUGACGUAAAAGGCAGGGGGCAGAGCAGUCAAGACAAAGAGACCAUAGCUGGCACUGGUGGGAAAGGCGGCGGCGGAAAAUGGCUCUAUGUCUCUCAUGGUCCAUUUACCUUCCAAGCUGGGCAGGAUUUGGCGGCGGCUUUGGGCAUGGCGAGGACGGCGGGAGAUAGAGAGAGCGCUUGGGAAGGACAUAGGCUUGUGAGAUUUAAAUUUGAACCGAUGAUUCUUCACAUCCUCACGGCGUCAUUGGAACAUGCACAAAUGGUUUUAAGGGCAGGGCUUGCAGCAGGAUUUAGAGAAUCUGGUGCAAUAAACUUGACAAGCCCUUCUUCAGCAACACCCAUGGUUGCAAUUCGGAGCAUGGGACUCGGUCUAGAAUCUAUGGUGGGGCUGCUCGACGGUAAUGAUGAGGCGAUAUGCUUUGUGUCAGAGAAGUCGCUGGGGGGGUUGCUGACGAUAUCUAACGAGAGAUUCGAAGAGAAUUCAAGGCGGAAAGAGAGGUUCUGGAAGGCUUUGCUGGAAGGUGUUCAGGCGGGAAGCUCAGGAGAUGGGCUGAAAAAGAAGCGAGGUGAAGAUGGCGGGGAUUGGGAGGAUAAGGAGGUAAGGAGGGAGAGGUUAAGACGAGAGGGACUGGGGAGAAGCAAGGCAAAGAAGGAAUCCACCAACACCGAGCCAUCAUAGUGUAACUUAAUACUUUACAAUAAAAAGACUACUAGC